CACGUUGGCCAGGCCUUGGGCUGGCUUCAGGGGGACAAAAAUGGCUAUGGCCAGCGAUUUCUACCUGCGCUACUACGUAGGGCACAAGGGCAAGUUUGGACACGAGUUUCUGGAGUUCGAGUUUCGGCCAGACGUGGUUUUUGCUGUUAUAGAUUGAAUUUUUUUCCACUCCCCACAGGAAAGCUUAGAUAUGCCAACAACAGCAAUUACAAAAAUGAUGUCAUGAUCAGAAAGGAGGCUUACGUGCACAAGAGUGUAAUGGAGGAACUGAAGAGGAUUAUUGACGACAGUGAAAUUACAAAAGAAGAUGAUGCGUUGUGGCCUCCCCCUGACAGAGUUGGCCGACAGGAGCUUGAAAUUGUAAUUGGAGAUGAACAUAUUUCUUUUACAACAUCGAAAAUAGGUUCUCUUAUUGAUGUAAAUCAGUCAAAGGAUCCUGAAGGCCUUCGAGUAUUUUACUAUUUGGUACAGGACCUGAAAUGUUUAGUUUUUAGUCUUAUUGGAUUACAUUUCAAGAUUAAACCAAUCUAAAUUGUAUGUUUUUGAAGCUGUUUUUAUAUUUAAUUAAGGGAUGGGUUUGUCAUUUACACUAUUGGGAUUUUUAUAAAUGUGAAGUUUUUUUUUUUUGUAUGCCAACUAAAAAUAAGGAAAUACAUAAGCAGGCUUACUGAUUAUUCUCACUUGGGUCCAAGUGGUCUGGACAGUCCUCAUGCAUGAAAUAUGUAAAUAAAAGCAACCGUUUGUUGAGAGUUUGCUCUAAUAAAACAUAUCAAAGUCUGGA